AUGGGCGCCUCGGUCGGUGUGGUGCUGCUGGGAUGCGCGGCCAUGUUCUAUCAAUCGUGGUACAAGGCUAGAGUUUUGAAAAAGAUGGAAAUGGCGUUUGACGCGGGAUACGAUCCAGUGUUGGCCUUGGCCAAAAAGAGCGAGAAGCUGGCUCAUGUUACGAUUGAGCCUAUGCGGGAGGAGGAAGAGCUGGUGAGGAGAAUCGUGGAGGGCAAAGAAGCUGGUAGAUACUUUUUGAUACUCGGCAGCAAGGGAUCGGGCAAGACGACUGCGCUUGUUGAUGCCAUGGCAUCCAUCGAUGCCGAAGGUUGCGCCUUUUUCGAAGCGCAUCAGACGCCCGAAAUCGUAGUCGAUCGAUUCAGCGAGAGCAUCAACUACAGCAUGAAUCGGGAUUACCUGGGAAACUUGCUGGGAUUGUCGGAUCAAUCCGGCAUGACGGCCUAUCAAGCCCUAGAGCGAGCUUUGCACAAGCUGGAAAAGGCGCUGCAGAGGUAUGCGACCAACAGAAGCCGGCCGGCAGUCAUCAUUAUGAACAGCGCUCAUCUGUUGCCUCGAGAUGAAGAUGGCAUCAAGAUGUUGCAGCUCUUUCAACAACGUGCAGAGAGGUGGGCCAGCGCGGGAUGUGCGACCAUCGUCUUCACCAGCAACGAUUAUUGGGUGUACGACACGCUGCGAAAGAAUUCCAACAGGAUGGACACUUUGACAUUUAAGGAUCUUUCGCGCACGCAAGCCAUGCGAGCUUUGGCCGAGUGUCGCGAGCAGUAUUGGGGUUCGAGCAAACUGUCGCAGGAUAUCGCCGAUGGAGUUUUGGAGGAGGUGUAUCAGACAGUCGGAGGUAGGAUAGCCUUGCUGAACAAGAUUGCGAGGAGGGAAGAUAUGAGAAAAGCAGCGGAACAGUUGAUCAAAGAUGAUCUGGCUUGGUUGUUGAGCAAGACUGGAAUCAUCGAGGAUCACGAUGAUGAUGUGAUGGAUGAGCAAAAGUGGUCCACCUGUUCCUGGCUGCUCUUUGUCGAAUUGGCAAAAAGGCAAAAGGCGAUGGAAGAGGAGGCGAGCAUUGCCCUGCUGGACCCUGCUGGUCGGUAUAGCAAGGACUCUGCUACGAACGUGACGGCACAGCAUCACCUCUCUUCUCCCACUGCCGUCUUCGAAGCAUCCGUCAAGGGCGACUCGAUCAUUUCGAAGAGGUCCUCAUUGGCUCAGGACGACGCGACGGAUCCUACGCACGAUGUCGAGUUCAGUCUGCCUGGCGAUGUGCCCAAUCCUAGUCUGACGUGGGGCGAAGCUCGUCAAGUGAUGACCAGGCCCGACUUUAUUCUGGAUCUGGACCACUCCAACAUUAUUUCCAUAGAUCGACACCAUCAAGUUCGGGCAGAUUCCAUGCCCAUGCUAAGGGCUUUUAGAUUACAAGCAGAGGAACCAGAAUACGAAGAGAAGCUCGAAUCAGUCAUGGACCGCGUGUCUGCCAUCGAGUCGCUCGGGCGUACAAGAGAGCUGGUGUGGAAAGAACAGGGCAACAAGGGCAAAUUCGUGAUUAGGCAAGACAACAAGGGAAGAGAGUUGGAAAGCUGGAGGUUGUUGGGCGGCGACGACCGUUUGGAGAGGCAAGAAGACGUGGCUUCGGGCAUGGAGUAG